CUCGAAACGCUCGAGCUUUAUAGCUUUGGAGCACCAUAUUCACACUAUUUCAUUGGUUUACUUUUGCUGGCUCUGGCGGAGUUUUGAGGGUGUCUGCCGGGUCCAAUGGCAGUAACAGGGAGGCUGCGGCGGGCAGGCCUCACAAGAGAAGGUGGAACACCACUACUACGAACAGUGAGCGGGAAGCCACAUGCUCGGGUAGAGGACCACGAGGACGUCUUGCAGAAGGAACACAAGCCUCAAGAACUGCAGGAGGACUUCAAUGCCCCUCCUGUAGACUCAGAUGAUGAGGCGUUGAGAGUACCACCACCAAAGACCACGAAGUCUCCACUCGAAUCACUCAAGUCACUGUUACCAAGUUCCAAAGACGAGGACGGUCUACGAAAGCCGCCGAAACGAAAAGCCGGAUCAAAGCUACCUCCACACAAUCCAGAGCCGGAGCUGAGAAAGCCCGGGCCGGCGAAGAAAGCACGUAAUGCUGCACCUAUCGUGCCGAGAUCUGGAUCGUUCAAGCAGAAUCAAGCAGCCAAGGUAGGCAUCGAGGGGAACAAAGAAAACAGUUGCGGCACGCACACACCUCCAGCAUCGUCAGGAGACAUCUGGAGGGAGAGAUUUGGAUUGUUCUCAAGCCAGUCCUCCCAGACCGCACCAAAGAAGACUUAUGGAGGCGGGAACAAAGCCAGAAACAUACAUGUGGCGCCGCCAUCUGCAAAGAAACAAGACAGGAAGCCAAUCCUCUACGCAGUCAAAGCCAAGAAUGAGGUUGUCCAACCUGAGCAGCAUGAGAGCGAAUCUGAGUGCUCCAUGCUGGGGGAUGACGACAUCAAGCAGAUGGACGCCGACUUAACCGCGAUAGAGGCGGAGCAACGAAAGAUGGAGGAAUUGGGGCUUCGAAAUGUCCCAGGGAGGAAGAAGAAGCCUGUAGAGUCGAACGGCAACACUGACGAAGCGUCUGCCAUGGAUGAAGCGGAGCUCGACGCCACGCUGGGAAAACCUACACUCCACGAACAGCUUGGCUUGACAGGAAGACAAGAGGGGUCUCUACCACCCUCGAGCGCGCCGCAAGAAGAUAUGGACAGCAUCGACGAUUACGUCCGCGAGCUCCCCGCCCAGGCAGAAGAAGGCACCGCCUGCCCGGUCUGCAAUGAGCCCGUCGACCAAGAUCUUUACUGGCUUUUCUGGAAAGGGCUUGACAAGACCAUCAAGAACCAAGCCGCCUUCUGUCACACACACAGAAAAGCGACCGCUCAGAAAGAGUACUUGGCCGAAGGCUAUCCAUCCGUCGAUGGUCUCCCGUCAAUACAGUGGAGUGCCAUACCCGAACGCAUCAAAAAGCACCGCAUGGCUCUAUACAGCAUCCUAGCAGGCGAAACACCCAGCCACCACCGCAAGCGCUACGCCCCGCUCGCACUCACCGGCAAAGCCGCCGCUGUCCCCCGCACCCGCACCGACCUCUCGCCCUCCAAGAACGCACAACUCUCCGCCUACGCCCUCGACUCCAACAGUGUGUACCCAGGCUACUACGGCCCUCGCGGUCGGCGCCUCAUAACCGAGGCCGUCAUGUCCCUGCUCAAUGCCGAGAUCAAGAGGAGUGCGGAUCCGGUGGUGCAGACCAGCGGGCCUGCGACGUUUGUCCAGGCUGUCCUUGUGCCGGAAGUCGCGGUCCGGCUCAUCAUGGAGGAUUUACGAUGCGAUGUGGAGAGUGCGGAGGAGGUGCGGGAGGCCACGUUCGAGAUGGGAGCGUUGCUACAUGAGGAGGUAGAGGAUAGGGUUGAGCUUGCUGGAGGAGAAGAGGAUGAAGAGAACGAGUAUCAUGGGUAAGGACGAUGGUAAUAGUGAGGACGUUCUCGGAAAAGGUCUGGCUUCGACUUUGUGAUGGCGUGGAUUUGUGAGUAUUGCGCUGAGGUGUUUUUGAUACCCGAGUAUUGU